AUGCCAGCUGGACAGAAACACUACCACUCGUCCUACUCUACUAGAAGCGCUAUUAAAGAAGACGCAAAAGCAUCCGCAGCUGAGCUGGUUUAUGGCGAGCCACUGAGACUACCUGGCGAGAUGUUCCUCCCAGACGAUAAGGAAAAUAUCGAUCUAACAAAGUUUAUUGAUCGCAUACGUCUGUUCGCUCAAAAACUGCAACCCGUAGCAACCUCCCGGCACAACAACAAGAACACUUUCGUCUUCAAGGACCUAUCCACAACCCGACACGUCUUCGUUCGAGAUGACACGGUGCGUGGAGCACUUCAACCAGCAUUCACCGGGCCAUACGAAGUAAUAGAGAGAGGAGAUAAAGUCUUCAAAUUAAAUGUGAAAGGCAAAACGACCACGGUAUCAAUAGACCGCCUGAAGCCGGCAUACAUGAUGACCGAAACAAAUAAUACUCCGAAUGUUGAGAAUGAUAAUCGCCCAUCAAUUACAACCCGAUCAGGAAGAAAAGUCAGAUUUCCCGAUUACUACCGCCCGUAG